ACACUUUGCUUUCAACUCCUCUUUCUCCUAACUCGCCUUUUCCUCUAAUCCCCAAAUUCUCAAUUCUUCUUUCUCUUUAGGGUUAUUUGGGGUUUGCUAUGGCGUCUUCAACUGCUCAAAUUCAUGCUCUUGGAGCUACAUAUUUCGCUAAUUCAUCUUCUUCCACUAGAAAACCUUUAAAGUCUGUGUUUUUGGGCCAGAAACUGAACAAUAGAACCCUAGCUUUUGGAUUGAAGCAGAAGAAGAGCCGGGGGAAUAACGGUGGUUAUGCACCGAUGCGUGUGGUGGCGGAGAAGGUGGUGGGAAUUGACUUGGGGACUACUAAUUCUGCUGUGGCUGCUAUGGAAGGAGGGAAGCCUACCAUAGUGACGAAUGCUGAAGGACAGAGGACAACUCCUUCAGUGGUCGCUUAUACUAAGAGUGGGGAUAGGCUUGUUGGUCAAAUUGCUAAGCGUCAGGCUGUGGUGAACCCGGAGAAUACCUUCUUUUCAGUGAAGAGAUUCAUUGGAAGGAAGAUGAAUGAGGUGGAUGAGGAGUCGAAGCAGGUGUCCUACAAUGUCAUCAGAGAUGAGAAUGGAAAUGUCAAGCUUGAUUGCCCUGCCAUUGGCAAAUCAUUCGCUGCUGAAGAAAUUUCAGCUCAGGUCCUGAGGAAGUUGGUGGAUGAUGCAUCCAAAUUUUUGAAUGACAAGGUUUCCAAGGCUGUUGUCACGGUUCCUGCAUACUUCAAUGAUUCUCAGAGGACAGCAACUAAGGAUGCAGGUCGCAUUGCUGGAUUAGAAGUUCUUCGGAUAAUUAAUGAACCCACUGCUGCCUCCUUGGCUUAUGGUUUUGAAAAGAAAAGUAACGAAACAAUUUUGGUUUUUGAUCUUGGAGGUGGUACUUUUGAUGUAUCAGUUCUUGAGGUUGGUGACGGUGUCUUUGAGGUGUUGUCAACUUCUGGUGACACCCAUCUUGGUGGUGAUGAUUUUGACAAGAGGAUUGUUGAUUGGCUUGCUGCAAGUUUCAAAAGAGAUGAAGGUAUUGAUCUUCUAAAGGACAAACAAGCUCUUCAACGUCUGACUGAGACUGCUGAGAAAGCUAAGAUGGAACUGUCAUCGCUGACCCAGACUAACAUCAGUUUACCAUUCAUUACGGCUACUGCUGAUGGUCCUAAACACAUUGAGACCACUAUCACACGUGGGAAAUUUGAAGAACUAUGCUCAGAUCUGCUUGACAGGCUUAAAACUCCUGUUCAGAAUUCCUUGAGAGAUGCCAAGCUCUCCUUCAGCGAUAUUGAUGAGGUCAUCCUUGUUGGUGGUUCUACACGUAUCCCAGCUGUUCAGGAACUUGUUAAGAAAUUGACUGGAAAGGACCCCAAUGUUACAGUUAAUCCCGAUGAAGUCGUUGCUCUUGGUGCUGCAGUGCAGGCUGGAGUUUUGGCCGGAGAUGUCAGCGAUAUUGUCCUUUUAGAUGUCACACCAUUGUCCAUUGGUUUGGAAACACUUGGUGGUGUGAUGACAAAGAUCAUUCCAAGAAAUACAACAUUGCCUACCUCCAAAUCAGAAGUGUUCUCUACCGCUGCUGAUGGUCAGACAAGUGUAGAAAUUAAUGUCCUCCAAGGAGAGCGAGAAUUUGUUAGGGACAACAAAUCUUUAGGUAGCUUCCGGCUUGAUGGAAUUCCUCCUGCCCCAAGAGGGGUUCCACAAAUUGAAGUGAAAUUUGACAUUGAUGCCAAUGGUAUUCUUUCCGUGACUGCUAUUGACAAGGGUACUGGGAAGAAGCAAGACAUCACCAUUACAGGUGCCAGCACAUUGCCUGGUGAUGAGGUCGAGAGAAUGGUUAAAGAAGCUGAAAGAUUUGCCCAGGAAGACAAAGAGAAGAGAGACGCCAUAGACACAAAGAACCAGGCCGAUUCUGUUGUCUACCAGACAGAGAAGCAGUUGAAGGAACUUGGAGACAAAGUACCAGGGCCAGUGAAAGAAAAGGUUGAGGCUAAACUUGGAGAGCUUAAAGAAGCAAUCUCAGGAGGGUCAACUCAGACCAUGAAGGAUGCUAUGGCUGCCCUUAACCAAGAAGUAAUGCAGCUUGGUCAGUCACUCUACAACCAGCCUGGUGCUGCACCAGGUGCUGGUCCAGCACCUGGCGGUGCUGAUGGACCUUCAGAAUCAUCAUCUGGGAAGGGACCUGAUGGAAAUGACGUAAUUGAUGCUGAUUUCACCGACAGCAAGUGAGCAUAGAAGAGCAAUUUUGAGGCUAUAUUUAAUUUUCAGCUUUUAUACUCUUGCUUAGGUUGUGUAUAAGGGAUUUAACUUUGUGCACAAUUACGAUUUUGGGGGACAAUUUCUGGUGGAAUGGGGUACGCUAAAAAGAUAAUUCAUACAGGGGAACUAGAGGUUAGAAGUGUUGAGGUAGGUGGAGUUAUUCUUGAUUGCAAAAUGAAACAGUGUCUGUCUGUCUACCCAUGAAUAUUUUUAGAAAAAUGUUAGUGGUUCAAACCUUAAGGUUAGAGAAACUGACCUUUCUGGUUCUCUCACCCUACUUUUCCACAAUUCUAUAGGUAGUCCUUGUGUUCUUGGAUUACUUGCUGUUAUUGGAGUGAAUGAAUUUGUACUUAUUUCUCAGUACC